AUGGGGCUGGAGCUGUACCUGGACCUGCUCUCGCAGCCCUGCCGGGCGCUAUACAUCUUCGCCCGGAGCAACAACAUCCCCUUCGAGUUCAAGCACGUGGAGCUGAUGAAGGGGCAGCACAGGACGGAGGAGUUCCAGAAGGUUAACGUCCUGAUGAAGGUGCCCGCACUAAGGGAUGGUUCUUUCACCUUAGCAGAGAGCAUUGCAAUCCUCCUGUACCUGGCCCGGAAAUUCAAGACUCCUGAUCACUGGUACCCAUCUGACCUGCAGAAAAGGGCUAGGGUUGAUGAGUACCUGUCAUGGCAGCACGUCAACAUUCGUGGGAAGGGGAGCAAGCUGUUCUUAACUAAGGUGCUGCUGCCUCUCCUCACAGGCCAGCCAAUUCCUCCAGAGAAACUGGAAAGUGUUACUGAAGAGCUGAACAUUGUCCUGAAGCAGUUUGAGGAGAAGUUCUUGCAGGACAAGCCCUUCAUCGCAGGCAGCGAGAUCUCCCUGGCAGACCUUGUAGCACUGGUGGAGCUCAUGCAGCCUGUAGGUGCUGGCUACGACCUGUUUGAGGAGAGGCCGAAGUUAGCAGAGUGGCGCAGGCGGGUGGAAGAAGCGGUGGGGAAGCAGCUCUUCCAGGAAGCCCACGAAGGGAUCUUGAACGCCAAGAACUUGACCGCUGAUAAGGUUGCACCUGAACUGCUGGAGCAUUUCAAGCACCAGCUCCUAAAGCAGGCCAGCCAGAAUUAGGGGGUUAUACUCUUAAGUAAAAUGGAUUAAUUAUUGCAGGCUUUUUGUAGUAUUUCAGCAUUUCUUCUAAAAACCAUACAGAAACACCAUUCCACAAAAUGCACUUCAAUCACAGCCUUUCUGCAACUUAGAAGGGAAGAAAACUACAUCUUAAACAGACUGCAGUGAGCUGCUUUCCUCUCUUGUCCACUACAGAUAUGUGAGCUGUAGCCCUAUAGGCUUUUCUUUCUUGCUCCGACACCACUGGAUCUGCUUGAGGACAGAGGCAAUUCGGUCCAUGUGGGAACUGGGGCCAGUCAGAACUGCCCUUUCCAUCCCUGUUUUGAGUUUUCCAGGUCACAGCACUAUAGAAGGGGCGAAGGUUUCCUGAGGGUAUGGCAGAGCAGUUCUGUCUGAAACAAGGAAAAAUCAUUGAAAAUGGCUUUCAUUUUGCAAUGUGCUCAGUCUGCUCUUUAGUGAAGAGACAGGUCAGGACCCAGCCUGUGGUGGGGACCCUGCCAGGGCUCUCUUAGAGCACCUGGCUACUAGAGGCUGCUGUGUCACCUGUGGGAGGAGCAGGGGGGGCUGUGCAGGUACCCAAGUGAGGCCUCCAGCUUCUGGGAAGGACGGGGUUAGUCCCGUGAAUAAAGAUCCUCAACCAGAGACUCAUGCCAUACUCUACAAAGAACAGCCCGCACAGCUGAGAAAAGCUGCUUUUCUAGGUGAAGCUGCUGCCAACCACACGGUCCCCCUCUGCAAACCAUAUUGGUGCUCUGUCCUUUCCCCAGAGCAGCUUUGUCAGCUCAAUGGAAGCCAUUCAAGCCAGGCUCUCUCCACUGAUGAGUGCUGCCGUGGCUAGGCCAGCAUUGGUAGCAGAGGGAGCUGUGCUGGCCAGCCCCAGGGUGAGCGGAGUGCACAGUAUAUGAGCUGAGUAAUGCCUCAAAUACAGUUAAUGUUCCACUGCUCUUCUGUCACAUCAGAUUCUCCAGUAAAGUUAAUGGUUACACUUGC